AUGCCUGUGUCUGUCCUCACUUUCUUCCUUGCUCCCUACAUUCCCGACGUGGGCAAGAAGCAAUCCUGUUUCCUCGAUGUUGUCAGCAUCAACCAGUGCGAUGCCAAGAUGAUGCAGGAGGGCAUCUAUGGGCUUGGCGGCUUCCUGAGUGCUUCCAAAGAAAUGAGAAUCCUCUAUUCUCGACCAUACCUCUCCAGGUUGUGGUGCGUUUUUGAAUUGGCUGCCUUCCGCACGGCCAACCCCACCCGCAGGAUCCGCUUCGUUCCGUUGUUUGUGGAGCUCGGUGUGGCCGUCCUUUGGCUCGGAGGCACGUUGGCCAUUAUCCUCUACAUUGUGGGCUUCCUCACGAACUUUCGCGGCACAGUUCUUCUUGUCGUGGCACUGCUCCCACUUCUCGGAGUCUUCCACCUCCUCCGGCAGAACUUGUCCCGGAAGCGCCAGGUGUUCUUGGCUUUGGCAAGCUUCGAACUGUCGGAUGCGAGCUGCAGAUUGGCCUCGGAUCAGGAGUUCAUCUACAGCGCCAUCCAAAAGUGGUACGGCAGCUUAGACGCCUUCACCGCCUAUGUUCGCGGCCCACUUCGUGACGAACUGCUCAAAGACCACUUGGGCACGAACCUACCGUGGUACUACGGCAUGCUGAUUACGACCCCGUGGAUUAGCCUAGGGAUGGACGCGCUGGCCGCCUUGGUCAGAGGAAACGCCCCCCUCCACGCCAUCCUGGCAUACGGCAUUGCCAUGACGCUGGGCCUCUUCACUCUUUGGUGGCUCUUUACCAUGCA